AUGGAUAUCAAGGAAAGCUUCCCAACCAGCAACAUGGAACACAAAAUGACUUGUUCGGUUUUUAAUGAGCUGAGAUUGGAGGACAAGCUGUGUGAUGUUGUAAUCAAAGCCAGCGGAGUGGAGUUCAACGCUCAUAAGAACAUCCUAUGCUGCUGUAGUCCAUACUUUAGAGCAUUAUUUAAGAGCAGUUGGAACAACGGUAUAAAAAAAUAUUACGACAUCCCCGGUGUCUCUUCAGAGACAAUGGAAUUGAUCCUAGAGUAUGCCUACACCCAGACCAUCCAAAUCAGUACUGAUAAUGUACAGAAUCUCUUCAUUGCUGCUGACUACUUGAACAUCCUGGACCUUGUAUGGCUUUGCUCUGAAUUCCUUAGAAGCCAACUGUGUCCUCAAAACUGCAUUGGCAUCUUUAAAUUCACAGAAUAUUAUUACUGCCCUGAGCUUCACCAGGAGGCACAUAUGUGUGUGCUGCAUAACUUUGGAAAUGUAAUGAAGACCUCAGAUGAGAUUCAUGACCUGUCUGCUGUAGAACUUAAAGGUCUUAUAGAAAAAUGGGAACUUCAUUUCAAACAGGAGGAAGCUGCAUUUGAAGCGAUUAUGAAGCGGAUAGCCCAGCAUGCCAGAGACAGUAUCGCUUCCCCAAAAAAAGAAUGA